AUGCAGAAAUUUAACACACCCCUUAAUUCCUGUCCAAAUAGCCCCUGUCCCACUUCCAGAGCCUCAUCUGCUCGUCUGCAGAGGAUAGACUAGGCCUGUGUGCGGGCAGGACACUGGCUGCAGCACUCAAUGAGAAUAAACUGUGUUAGAGAGGACAAUCACAAAUCCAAAUCUGUGCCCAAACAUCCUGUGUUACACACUCUCAGCUUGUAGUGUUGCUCUGAAGUAUAGAAGUGUCACAGGGACAUAACCACCACUAUUCACUUUUUUCCUUGUUCUCAUGUGUUUCAGUGUCGGCAUGCACAAAAGAGACACCUAAACUUCAGACUUCACCUUCCAAACUUUGCUCCAAACUCUGGAUCUUGGGUAGGGCGGCAUCCAUUUUAUACCCAUCAAAUUAACGGCACAUGAUAUUAAUUUCCUGACAAACAGUUGUAUUAACAUGUGGUGUGUCAGACUUCCACCGUCAUCACUGAUGUCUCUAAUCAGGCAGCAGCGGAAGUCGUGCCGUCGUCGACACCAGCUUUGACGGUGGAGCCGCGUGCCACGGUGGUGGGAUGAGAGCGAGACAGCAGCGGGGACUGACUGGAGGAGGAGGUGGAGUCUGUCCCAGCCUGCAUCUGGCCCGCUCCCCUCUCUGUCACCCCGGGCCAAACCCGCCCAGCUCCUCUCACUCACUCUCCGCCUGUUUUCCCGCACGCCUCGGCCCGGACGCACACGGCACUCACUCACACACACAGCGAGGACACGGAAUGGAGACGGAAGGGAGCCAGAGCAGCCUGUCCACCACGGACUCCCCUCACGACCCCUGCAAAAUGUUCAUAGGUGGACUCAGCUGGCAAACAACACAAGAGGGCCUGAAGGAGUACUUCUGCAAGUACGGCGAGGUGAAAGAGUGUAUGGUGAUGCGAGAUCCAGUUACUAAGCGCUCGAGAGGGUUCGGAUUCGUCACCUUUGUUGAUCAGGCCGGCGUGGAUAAAGUUUUGGCCCAAACCAGGCACGAGUUGGACUCCAAAACAAUCGAUCCAAAGGUUGCAUUCCCUCGUAGAGCUCAGCCCAAGUUGGUGACUCGAACCAAGAAGAUCUUUGUGGGAGGCCUGUCAGUGAACACAACUAUCGAGGAUGUCAAGCAGUACUUUGACCAGUUUGGGAAGGUCGACGACGCCAUGCUCAUGUUCGACAAGACCACCAACAGGCACAGAGGGUUUGGCUUUGUGACAUUUGAGAACGAGGAUGUGGUGGAGAAAGUCUGCGAGAUCCACUUCCAUGAGAUCAACAACAAAAUGGUGGAGUGCAAGAAAGCUCAGCCCAAGGAGGUGAUGUCCCCCACGGGCUCGGCCAGGGGGCGCUCUCGGGUGAUGCCCUAUGGGAUGGACGCCUUCAUGCUGGGCAUUGGUAUGCUGGGUUACCCAGGCUUCCAGACCGCCACCUACACCAGCCGGAGCUACGCUGGCAUCACUCCUGGAUACACCUACCAGUUCCCUGAGUUCCACUUAGAGAGGACUCCCCUUCUGACUUCACCCCACCCCCCUGAGCUCACAGCCAUUCCUCUCACUGCAUAUGGACCAAUGGCAGCAGCAGCGGCAGCAGCGGCAGUGGUCAGAGGCUCUACCCCGUCUCGCUCAGCUGGAUUUUUAGGUACGAGCAGCCCGGGGCCGAUGGCAGAUCUGUAUGGAACGGCCAGUCAGGAGUCAGCUGUCAGCAGUUACCUCAGCGCUGCGAGCCCCGCCCCAAGCACUGGAUUCAGCCAUAGUUUGGGGGGCCCUUUGAUCGCCACGGCCUUCACUAACGGAUAUCACUGAGAGUUGCAGAGCUGUAGACUGAGAGCUGGGAGGAGUUGAAGCUGCUUUGGAGCUGAUCUGGCCUGUCUCUGUCCAGUCCAUCUCUUCUGCUGGAGGCGGCUGGACCUUCAAACCUACCCCCCACCCCACAACCUGGUGUCAGCCUGAACCCAGCCAACCCUAUUGACGCCUCACUAAACUCCACCUACUGAGAAAAAAAAGAAGAAGAAAAAUGAGUGAAAUGUUUAUCACUACAUGUAAUAGCAACACACGCAGAUGCUGAGUUUUUAGUGUAUUUUUUUUUCUUUUUCCUCUGUUGUUAUGUUUCACCUUGCUGUUUUUUGUGAUGGCUGCGUUGUUUCUUUAUCUGUUAUGGAUGUGUUUUAUUGGGUUACUUGAACUUUGACCCUGAUCUCUCUGAGAUAAGAGGAGUUAAAUCUCCGGGUGAAGCCUGUUUGAAGGUCAAGAGCUGUUAUUUGUACUGGAAAACUGUAUAUUUGUCUAGUUGUCUAUACUAGUUCAUACUGAAUUUUAACGAAACAUUUGUGAUUAAUACUAUUUCUUGAGAAUGUGUCACAAAGUGUAUAUCUUGGUAGGUUUUUAACAAAGACUUGUUAUACUAAUAAUGGUCAGACGACAAAGGUCAUUAGUCACAGUUACAUAAUAUGCCUACAUGAGCUGUACAAUUUUGUAAUAUAUUGUAAAUAUGACUGUGGUUUCUGGGGGGCUUGGACGGGGGAUCAGCUAAUUUUGUGUGUGGGAGGUGGGAGGCUUUGGAGAAAUGUGUUGGAAAGCUUGACUGUUACGUAUCAUAGUCUCACAUGGAAGUCAAGAACAUCUCAGUUUGUCUGUCAAUAUAAGACCAGCCAUAUGCUGUAUUUCUCUCCAGGCAUUUAUGAAUGAUGCAUCAUUUGAGUCUGUUACUGCGUUCAGAGGCUGACUCAGCUCUGAGUCCAGCAGGAGAGAGGCUGAGUCUGGAUACAACACUUUACUUUUGGGGAUAUAUGGGUGUGAAAACGCUCCUCUAUCAGGCGAGGAGAAAAAAAACAUGCUGUUUUCUUACUUUGUCAUAUUGUUGUUUUAACUGUGAUUUUCAAUAUGUGAUGAUUGUUUGUGAAGGAAAAUGAAGGACUAGUAGGCAGGAGCAGUCAUACACAGUUAACAUGUUUAUGACUGAUUCGCUCUGCAGGUUGUGUUGAUGUUUGCGUGAGCAUGUCAUAUGGUUUUAUCCACAUUGGUUUCCAAUGUGCCAUGUGCUGUUUUUUGGGGGUGGGGUGGGGGUGGGGUUGGUACCUCAGUUGCAAAUGUGAAGUUUUAAUCUGACUUUUUUAUUAUUACAUUAACAUCCAUGUCAAAGUGUGGAUGGUUAAACCUUUUAGAAAGGUGGCUUUUCCAACAGGAAAAGGUGGGGUGGGGGGGUCUUAUUAACUCUUGUUUACCUGUAACCCCCCCGCCCCCCAAUCCAUCACUGCAAAUCCACUGGAGGUCACAGACUGUAGCAAUGUGACAACAAUUUUUAGACCAAAACAAUUAUGUUCAGAGCUACUAGAAUGUUGCACUGGCCAAUCACGAUAGAUGUGUUUUCCUUCGAAUGUUAGCGUAAGAACAAAGCACUCUUGAUACCAGGUUUUACAUUUUGAUACACAUGCUCACACUGCUGCGGGCUACCAUGGUAGUUCAUACUUUGAUGCUGUUUUCACUGAAAAAUAACAAUCUUGUCAACACUGUAACAUUUUUCUGAUUUUCUUUUUCCUGUCAUGUUUAUUCCUUUGAAACAAAAAAAAACCUUUUUAAAAUUCCUAAUAAAUUAUUUUAAAACAUUCCA